AAAAAUGUAGACUCAUCAAAGAGCAGUUUAUCUUCACUGGAUGAUGUUUUGGAUGAGUUUUUCACAGAAGAGCAAUUACUAGAGGAUGCCCUAUUGAGUGCUGUUGUUAAUGAAAGUAAAGAAAAUGGUGUUCCUUCAGUAGUUCCCACACAUUCUGGAGGAUUACGUGAAAAUAGUCGGGUGAAGUCUAGUCAUGCGGAGAUGGGAAGAAAUGAGAGGAUUCUUCCCUUGACGGACAGAAGCAAAACAACUAAUAAUAAUAAUAAUAAUAAUAAUAAUAAUAAUAAUAAUAAUAAUAAUAAUAAUAAUAAUAACCAUGAUAGUAGAAGAGAUGGUAGGCGUAGAGUCAUUGCCACAGAUUCUUCAAAAGGAACUGAAAAUGUGGAUGCAUCUCUAGAUACAGUACUGGAUGCGUUUUUUAGGGAUGAACAGGUGUUGGAUGAGGCUAUUUUAGAUAUAUGUUAA